AUUUCCCGAGAGAGAGAGAGAGAGAGAGAGAGAGAGAGAGAGAGAGAGAAGAGAGGGUGUUGAGGCACAAUGGUGAUGAACAAACUCUCCCAACUAUCAGGUUAUUCCAUCAACGAAAUGGAAAAUCAAGAGAUGAUGAGUGUAUUAGUGGAAGAAGAGAAGCCUAUGAAGCCUCCUAGUACUACUAUUACUUCUUCUUCUUCUCCUUCUUCUAACAGCUACGCCAUUUGGGCAAAUCUGAAGCCUUUCGCGUAUGGAGGAGCCGCUGGAAUGCUCCAAUACUCGCUUGCUUGCUUUUCUCACUUGUUGCGCCUGGAACUUCUUGCCAUGGUCAACAAAUCUCUGCCUCCCUCUCUGGCCUAUUACAAUGCCUGGCUCAAGCAGUUGCCGGGUAUUCUUCUAUUUCGUGCUACAUAUACAAGUAUGCAAUUCGGAUCGUUUGAGACAUUCACAAGAAAGGUAGAAGCUGGUAAUAACAGAAUGCCACUGACUCUGUAUCAAGAAGCUUGCUGUGGGCUGAGCUCUGGAGCAAUUGCAGCAUCUAUUGGUGUCCCAUGGCUCUUGGCUCAUGGCCGUGUAAGGGCUGGUGGGAAUCGCAUAAGCAUUUUACAGGAUCUGUAUCGCAAAUGUGCAGAUGAAGGGGCUUUAGCGCCAUGGAAAGGUGGACGGCACCACGCAAAUUAUACGAUCUUAAUAAACGUAGGCAUGCUGACGCCAUACAAUCGAUGUUUCAACUGUUUUCGGGAAUCUCUUGGUUUAAGUGAAGAUGGAAGCACAGUGGGGGCAGGUCUAGUUUCAGGAUUUUUUGCUUCUGCCUGCAGUUUGCCAUAUAUGAAUGUUUGUUCGACCAUGAUGUCCACGAAGCCUGAUGCCAAUGGGAAGUCCCCAUAUUCUAGCUUUCUGGAUUGUGCCAUCAAAAGUUUGAAGUCAAGGGGUCCCCUUGCAUUCUUCACUGGCUUUUCCAAGCAUUUUCUCAAAACCACUUCUCCUAUCCUGAUCCUUUGGAGUUGUUUAGAGGCAGUUCGCAAGAGCAAGUGAUGGAGAUCGCAUAAGACCCAAGAUCACUCAUAUAUGAGGCAUGGACGAAAGAAUUAAUAUCUAUUUGUCUUUGAUGAUUUAUUGUCUUCGAUUUAUUUUUAUGUUAUUUUAGGAAGGCAAUAUGUUAUUUAGGAAUCUAUUGUUAUUUUUAUUUUGGAUACAUGUUUAUUUCAGUUUUGGAAACAAUGUGGCCGGCUAGCCUAUAAAUACUAGAAUUGGUGCCUUCAGAAGGUACUUUUGAUAUUGAGAAUAAAGAAUUAGGGUGUGUUUGGUUC